AUGGCCUACACCCUCCCCUCACUGGGCUACAGCUACGACGCCCUGGAGCCCGACUUCGACGCCCGGACCAUGGAAAUCCACCACUCGCGCCACCACCAAACCUACGUCAACAACCUCAACGCCGCGCUCAAAGACCACGAGCUCAGCAGUCUCAGCAUCGAUGACCUCGUCACGCAGCUCGACAAGGUGCCCGCCGACAAGAAAGUCGCCGUGCGCAACCAGGGAGGCGGCCACGCGAACCACUCCUUCUUCUGGAAGAAUCUCAAGCACGGCACCACGCUUUCGGGCGACUUGGAGACCGCCAUCAAGACUGCGUUCGGCAGCGUUGACGCCUUCAAAGCGGAGUUCGAAAAGGCUGCCACGAGCGUCUUUGGCUCCGGCUGGGCGUGGUUGGUGCUGCAGAAUGGGCAGUUGAAGGUGGUCAAGACGUCCAAUCAGGAUAGUCCGUUGAUGGGCGAGGCCAUUUCCGGCGCCAGUGGAUAUCCCAUCAUCGGCCUGGAUGUCUGGGAGCAUGCGUAUUAUCUGAAGUAUCAGAACAAGCGGCCCGAUUACAUCAAGGCGUUUUGGAACGUGGUCAAUUGGGAUUAUGCGAGUGAGCGCUUUAGCCAGGCGAAGUGA